GGUUCGAUGUGAUUGGGGAUCCCUUCUCUCUCGUCCUUUGACUAUUCUGUCGUUUCUGAUUCGUCCCCUUGUCAUCAUUUCCGCUCCUCAGCGGUUUGCCGGUUCAUAGCCAUAACCACGCCUUCCUCUCCUAUUCAGGCAACCCAUAGCAGGAGCAGAUUUUCCCCAUCCGAAAGUGCAAACGAUACGCUUUGUUCCCAGGGUUUACUUCCAUGGCAGGAAAAGCUGCAGUGAAAUCUGUGGUGAAGUCAGUUGGCGAAUACCAGUAUCCAUGGCGAGAUAAGCUGGUGAAAUACAAGGACGAGCUAUCUAAAGGAGUUUGGGGUUAUUGGGAGCUUGGGGCUUGGAAGCCUCUGGGCAUCAGUGCCCGUCGUCGGGCCCGCCUUCGCAAAGAGGUUCUUCUUGCUGGGGAAGAUUGGAAUUAUGAUCCCCAAAGGAAGGAAAUGAGAAACAAGCGUAAAGGGCAUAAGUGUGACAGAAUUGCUGCUGAAAAGCGGGAGAAUACUGCUGCAUUGAUGCAGAAGAUGCCUGCCAUGUUAGCUGAUUAUAGGAAGAGAAGGUGGGAGAGGAAGAUGAAAGAGGAAGAUGAUGCUGCUAGGAGAGCUGUGCAAGAAUAGGUUUUGCUAGCUGUAGCAUUUCUGUCAUCAGAGCUUUGACCAUCGUUAUGUUUUAUGUCCAAUGUCUUUGGCCUUAAUGAUGCAUGACUUUGAAGACUUCUCUUGAAUCCUGAGGUUUCCCUUUCUCUCUGUUACAUAUCGAUGAUGACAUUUGACAACAAACAGCUCUAUGAAGCCAACAUCUAAGAGAUUCUGAUAACACUAUGAUGCAUUUGACAAAGACUGGUUUGCAAUUCUUUUUUUUUUUUUUUUUUGGUUUCUAAAUUAUGUAGGGUGAAGCGGUGGAUUUGCAAUCUGAUGAGCUAAUAUUACUAGCUAGGUCGAUGGAUCCAUUGUCACUUCCUGAGAAUGUAGCUACUAUGUUUUUGACCAGCGUAUGCAGUUUUCUUCCUAUCUCAGGGUAGAAUCUUCUUGAGAGCAGGACUUGUUAAUUGAAAGUGACAUUGAUGGUGA